AUCCCCAGUGGCUUGACGCUGAUUGGUUGCUGCCGCCCGCCGCAGGCAGAGAAACUGAGCGCUCCAACACGGCAGUGUCGCGGAGAGCGGUCAGUCUGUGGCUCCCGGCGGACCCGAGCUCCGCAGGCUGCUCGGUGCGUCUCAGGAAAACAGAAAUGGAAGGCCUGCCUGAUACUGCUGCUUUUGCAACUAGACUUAAAAACACUCUCAUCCAGUACCAUAGCAUUGAAGAUGAUAAAUGGCGAGUUGCAAAGAAAAUGAAAGAUGUAACAAUUUGGAGAAAACCUUCAGAAGAAUUUAAUGGUUACCUCUUCAAAGCCCAAGGUGUUAUAGAUGACAUUGUCAACAGUGUAAUAGACCAUAUACGCCCAGGUCCCUGUCGCUUGGAUUGGGACAGCUUAAUGACUUCAAUGGAUAUUGUGGAGCACCUUGAAGAGAACUGCUGUGUGAUGCGUUACACCACUGCCAGUCAGCUUUGGAAUAUAAUCUCCCCAAGAGAGUUUGUUGAUUUCUCCUACACUGUGCGCUAUAAAGACGGGCUUUUAUCAUGUGGGCUAAGUCUUGACUGGAAUGAAAAGAGACCAGAAUUUGUUCGUGGAUAUAACCAUCCCUGUGGUUGGUUUUGUGUUCCACUUAAAGACAGUCCAAACCAGAGUCUUUUGACUGGCUAUAUUCAGACAGAUCUUCGUGGGAUGAUUCCUCAGUCUGCAGUAGAUACAGCCAUGGCAAGCACUUUAGUCAACUUCUACGGUGAUUUACGAAAAGCCUUACAAAAUGCAUGAUAUGCAAAACUUGCAGUACUGUGGUUCCCUGAAUCAACUCUUUUUCAGCUGCAUGGCCCCUAAAAACCAUCCUUUUCUCUCUUCUGCGUGCCUGUAGAAAAUUUGAGAUGUUUUUGGUUUAUUUUAUUCCUAAGGUAAAUGGCUAUAUAAGAGGACAUUUUAGUCUUCUCAGUUAUUUGCACAUUGUCUGGUAUGGCAGUGUAUCUAGAAAUGGAGACUAUGACAGAAAUCCACCAAAAAGUAGAUACAGUUCUUUGAACCAGACUCUUAAGAAAUUGAACAGUGCCUCAGUAUGAAUAUUUUGGCUGCUUGGAAGUUAGAGAAAGCACAAGCUUUAUGCUUUUUUAGGUUAAAAUAAUCUUAUUUUAGAGCUUUAUGAACAUAUUGUAAAAGUUGUAAUGAUUUUGGAAGUUAAAUAUUAGUGCUUUUAUUUUGAUAUGCUCUAUGAGUUUGCCAGUAUCUUGGCCUAAAGAAAAAGCUCUUUAUAUUUUAUAAAGAUUCAUUGAACUUUAUUGUCAACUUGUACUACUUUAAGUAUUAGAAAGAUCAGAAGAAAAAAAUAGAUAUAGUAACUGUAGGUAUAAUUCAAAUGCAAUUCAAUUUUGAUACCUACAUAAUAUUAUUUUGUGGGUCUAUUAAGAAUAUAUUUGUAUCUUUAUGUACAUUUAUUAUGGUAGUCUUAAAAAGCAUUGAUGCAUCAGUAAGACAGUACAAAAAACUGCCCAGUAUGUGCUGGGGACACCCCAUGAAUUGGGCAGUAGUCUGGGUUGAGUGAAAUAACUAAUGGUAUUCUGUAUUCACCCCUAUGAAUCAUCUCCCUAGAAAGUCAAAUUCAGUGAGUGUUCUAUAAAUGUUUCAGUUUUAAAUGUAUCCCUCACCUCAUAAAGUAUUGCUGACUAAACCAUCAACAUUCACAACUGUGAUGUAACUUCAGUCGGGAACUAUAACAAAUGCACUCAUAGAGUUAUCCAAAUGCUGAGAUGAGUCAUUUUAUAACUAGAAUGCACUAUAUAAUAGGUUCCUUGAUUCUAUGGCUGCCUUAAAUGAACAUUCCUAAGUGAUGUUAACAUUCCAAAUGAUUCUUUGGCUCUUGAACUAUCCUUUUAACUUUACUUCUAAAAUGAGAACUUGAGGCAACUCAGUGUGUCCGUGCAGACUUUUGUAUGUGUUUAUGUUUGUGUACAUGCACACAUCUUGAAGCCUUUUUCAGUGUUCGGUGUGAUUCAGCCUGAAUCCUUGAUGUGUUCCUGUUCCUACUGUUUCAUUUCUUCUUUCCCAUCUUCUUGGUUACUCUGGGGUUAAGUGAGCUCUGGAGACACUGACGUUGUACACAGGCCACACAGCACCAAAGCAUAUAAUUGUUCAAGUGCAGAGAAUGUUUAUGUUUUAUUGCAGUGUGCUUUCCUGAGUGUAGAGAAAGCGUAAGUCACAGUUCUUCAGACUUAUUUUGAUAGAAUGAAAAAAGUAGAGCUGGUUUUGUUCUUAUUUUUUUUGUUUUGCUCUUGGAGGUAAUGAGGUUCAAAAAAUACCAAAGGUGGCACCACAAUAUCCAUAGUGAGUAACCCAUUUUUUUCGGUUGAAAAUAAUUCGUUUCAGGAUUUGACAAGAAGCAAUGCACAAAAGGUGCUAUAUUCUUAACUUCAAGUUUAUUAGUCACCAACAUCCUUUUCUAAAUGACUCUAACUUCUGAGUUGCUGGAUUUCUCUCCUGUUCUUCUUCUUGCAAUAGAGAAAGAAAACUCAGCAGUUCAGCUUCUUUCAGUUUCCCAUGGACAUGUUAAAUGUUCAUUUUUACUUCAUCUGUUCUUUCAUUCGGAUUUGCUAGUGUAGAGUAGGAGGUUUCUUACAUUCCAGUGGUCUGUCUAGGAUGGCAAAAUACCAGCAGAUGUCCAGUCACAAGGGCCAGUUUGGGGAAGGGGUUUGUGACAAGAUUGUAUAUUCCCAUAAGGGCUAUUAUUGCCAGAGCUGGGACCUCUGAAGGCAAGUAAAUUGUCCACUUUCCGCUACUGUAAUGUUCGCUUUCUCCUUUUCAACUUAUACUUUCAGCUGGUGAUUAUGUAACCCACUGCUGAAUGUGGACCCACUGCAGGUAAAAGGACCCUCAUGGAAAGUUUUCAUUGCAACAAUGAGUCAUAUGAUGAAUUGAAAAAUUAUAUUUGAAUUACCUGAAAUUUAUAUGCAGCUCCUAGAUGGAUGGCACAUUAGAUCUGCUGGGGUCUAGCUAUGUACUUUAAAGGAAAAAAAAAAAGCUAUGGAAUUUCCAUUCUAUACAAUUACCAGCUGUAGGUAUACAGUGCAGUGGUUUUUGAGCUGUGCAGCCAUCAUCACAAUCCAAUUUGAGAACAUUUCAAUCAUGCGAAAAGGUCCCUUUUGCCCAUUUGCAGAUUCUUACCUAACCAAAGUUCAGCACAAUUGACAAUAUACUGAAGAUAAUGAAAAAGAUUAAAAUAGGUUUUGUUCGUGUUUAUUUUUAAGAGCAGAGGUAUGUUUGAUUCCAAGCUCAGGAAUCUUGUGAUAAUGUAUUAAAUAUGUUAUCUCACAUAUCAUUCAAAAAUUCAGUGACAUGGGCUGGGAUUAAUGUUGUCAUAUGACUGAGUCUGCUGUUUCAGCAGUGCUGUAGGAUAGAAAAGAUGAUGAGGGCCAUAGAGGUAGUUUUCAAUUUUCUAGCAAUACAGUAAAAAAAACAAAAACAGCUGAAGAUAAUGUUAAUAAUAUAGUUCAUUUGAUUCAAUAGAUCCAAAGUAUUAGCAUUUAACAUGUAAAAAAAAUCAUUAAGAUAGCUUACAUUCCUCUUCUUUUGCACUAAUUAUUUGAAAUCUGUAUGCAUUUCGCUAAUUCGUGCUAACUACAUCUUAAGUGCUCAUUAUCCACUUGGCCUGUCCUGAAUAGCACAGUCCUGUAGUAAAUGUAUUAAUUUAUCUUUUUAUAAUAUAAAGGACAGAAUUUCAUAGAAUUACUCUCUUAAAUAUUGUCCUGGUCUCUGGAACCUGCAGCAUUUGCUAAAUGGGGACCUCUGAAUGUUAGAAAUAAAUCAGUUAGUAGGUGUCAAUAAAAUUAAAAUUAUAGCUAAAAAGUCCUUUAAAGGUAACUAACUUUUCAAAGGACAGUUAUUGAAAUGAAAAAUAAAAUCUGUCUUGAUGUUAUGUGGUUGAUUAUUUUCUCUAGCUUAUAGCUAGUUUGUAUUAGAAAUGUGUAUGUGCAGGAAAUACUUGGCACAGUACUGCCUUCAUAAGUACCUAUUUUUUUAAGGUCAUUAGUUUCAUACAAGAAAAAAUAAUUUAUCAUAAGUGACAUGUUUGCAUGAAAUACUAGUUUUUCUUGAUAAUUCUUGGUUAAAUUUAACACAAUACUCAGCAAAAUAAUUAUGGGAAUUUAGUGUUCUGCAGUUAUGUUUGACAUAAACUGCUAGAGCAUUAAAGAGAGAUUAUAAAUGUUAAAAAUCUCUUAAUUUCACUCUUCACUGAGAUUGGAUGUAUUUGAAAUUGUAGAUUUUUAUGUGUAAAAUUUUCUCUGAGUUAAGAAACUUUUUUUCUCUUCCUCUUUCACAUUUUAUCACUCAGGUUGAAUUAAAUUAACAUCUCAAGUAAAAAUUAUGUAAUCAAGGUUGCCUCUAGAGAAGAGAAAAAAAUACUGCACAGUUUAGACCCUUAAUUGUCUAUUAAGCUUUUACAUAUGAGUAAUUCUCUUUGAUGUAGAUAAAAGCUUUAUCUGUUACUGAGGAGCACAUUAGCAUCCUUAGAAUCAGUUGUUAAAAUCCAAUUUUUUUAAAUUAAGUGAAUACUUUUGCUAUCUCAACUCCAUGGGUAUAUCAGUGUAAUUCAGAGAAGUUAAGGGACUUGACUAGUUUUCCAUUAGAAGGUGUCUCAUGUAAUUAUUUGUCUGGUGUAUCUCCUAUGCCUUUCUUAUUCAGCUUCUAGAAUUAGGGGACUGUAGGAUCUGAGCAUAGAAACAUCUGAUUAAUCCCAGAGCACAGAAAAUUGGGAUUAUAAUUUUUCAUUAUUUUAUUGUUUCCAAAGAUUUUACAUGUAUAGGUAAAUAAAAAUUCAUCUCCUGCAAUUCAAUAAAAGGUCUACUAAAUAUAGAUUUUAUUUUUAAGAAGUUUAUAAUUCUUUUAUGGGCCAGUAUGUAAAACCAAAACCUUUAUUAAACUAAGAGCAUGUAUUAAUAUAAAUAAAAUGUCUAUUUAUUUUUAAAUUGCUGUGCAUUGGAAUAAAAUUUCUAGACACUCUUAGAAUUGAUCAUUUAUACUGUUUGUGUAAUUUGCUUUAGUAUUGUUUUGACAAAUACUUUCAGUUAUCUGAACUUAAAAGAUGUAAUUUAACUUCCUGUACUCUUACAAAAGAAAAAUAUAAACUGGAAAAUAAAGAUUAAUAAUGCACAUGCUAAUCUCCCACUAAUGUAACAUACAAUAUUAGCCACAAUACUGCUGAAUAUUGAUUUUCUAUUGUAUAACCAGGAUGAUGAUGAAUAUAUUCUGCUCCUAUUACAGUAACAUAUGGACAGGGUUUAUUGUAUACAAGUAUAAAUAAUUGUGUUAACUUCAUUAGGAGUUGUAAUAAUUUCAUUUGGUGUUGAAAAAAGCUGGGAGUGAUUACAAAGAAACCCUUGGUGUGUGUGUAAGGAAGCAGUAUGGAUGCUGUGAGAAGUAUACAAUAGGAAAUAUGACAAAUGGUUUAAACAAACAGGGAUUUAUCUUCCACAUUUACUAAAAAAUCUGGAUAUAGGUAAUUGCUAGUGUUUCCAGCUCCAGGAUGUCAGGGUCAGUGUUUUUCCAAUUCUCAUCUUUCCCUCAUAGUGAUAAGGUGACUGACUAGCCCUGGAAAUUACAGGUCUAUUCAAAUCAAAAGAAGCAGGGAAAGGCAAGGGGCCACUCAUAGUCUGUUUUAUCAGGAAAGCAAAAGCUGUCCCAGAGGCCUACAGUAGCUUUUGUUUCCAGUAGUCUGGGUCACAUGACUAUCCCUAGCUAUAGGAGUGCCUGGGAAGUCAAGCAUAAGGAUUUCCAGUCUCUUGGAAAGAGGGUUGGUUGAUGACUCUUUGGUAGCCAACUGUAGCAUCUCUCAGUGGAUGAGCUCUGGGAAGUAAGGCUCCUUCAGACAUCAGUAGGAAAGUGGUAGACUCCCAAAACAGAAAUGGAAGUGGCAAAGUAGUCACUCCUUCAUGAUAAAUGUGUAUUGGGCCCCUUCUACAUGGCAAACACUGGGUAGCUAUCCUUAACUGAGUUAAUAAGGUGAUGGAGCUUUCUCUGUAGGCUGUUAAUUAAUGGUUGAUGUCGCAUGGCAUCCAACAUGAAUGACCUGUGUUUAUAUUACACUGUGUUUCUAUUCCUCUGAAGCAAAGGGUCUACUAUGAAUGAAGGCCUGUGGUCAAGAGAUGACAGAGAAUUGCUGGAAAAUGUGAACUGCAGAUGUAUCCCGGGACAUAAGAGCUCCAAUCUACUUGUGUUAUUAGCUGGACAGGUGAUUAGUAGGGUGUAAUAUUCUGCUGAUAAAAAUAAAAGAGGAAGCAUACUGUGAAAGUAAAAAUUGGCUUUUACUCAGUAUUUUGCAGGAACUUUACAUUCCUACUUAAGUUUUGCUUUACUGGCAUCCCUGAAGUACAAGGCAGCUGAUUCAUUUUAUUAAAGGAGGUAGACCAUAGAUUGUCUUAAACCAGGUUGAAAUAAAAAAAGGA